UGCAGCUCUGUGGAGCAGAUCAGGGUCCUAGUGCCCCAGAGGUUCCCCAACCUGCUGUGUCACACACGCAUACGACACAACCCACACGUGUCCCGAGAGGAAUGGGCGUGGUUACAGAGCCACGUUCUGUCUACAGCCAAUGGGAGUGUGCUUGGUGGUCCAGGGGGCGGGGAUGAGGGCCUGAUUGACAGCUGUGUCCUGGGGGACUUUGUGAGGCACCUAAGAACAGCAGUGACCCUCCUCCUCACCAAGCUCAACAUCCCCCUCUACAGGGCCUAUCAGUAUGGUGUGUACACCAGGGAGCUGCUCCAGAUGGGAGAGCAGAUGUCCAUGAUCCUGCUGCUGCCCCCCAGCGAAGACUUCAGUUCUAACUACUGGCCACUAGUGGGCACCAAAGAGCCAGGUCUCACUCUGCCUCUGCAGAUAUUUGAGCUGGUGCACUUCUGGACAUACAAACGUGACUUCCUGUCGCAGUACUGCCAGGCCUGGGUGCGUCUGGACCUGGACACGCUUCUCUCCCAGCAGGCUUUGCGGGAAGCUCUGGACCCCAAGGAGGUGCUGGAGGCCAAGGAGCGUCUCACCCACAUCACACAGCUGGCACAGGGUCUGGAUGCAGUAUGGCGGGGCUCUCGCUGGAUCAUGGACGUGUUGCAGUGUGUGCGCUCCAGGAAGUGGGUGGGGGCGGUGCCCCUGGGCCUGGUCAUGGGGGGUGACCCCCCCCCUCGACCAGACACGGCCGAGGAGGAGAGCCUCACCUGCAGAAAGUGGCCCUUCCACCCAUACCCCCAAAAGACCCCCACAGAGAGUGUUUGUGCGGCGACCGUGGACAUCACCAGUCUCCCUGUUCCACCUGCUCUCCUGGUCGCCCCCGACAACCCCGCCAGUCAGCUGGUGGGCAUGGCUAAGGGCGGCUACCCCGUGGACAUCAACGCCCAAUCACGCCUCGACUACAGCACCGCGGUCGAACCAGGGAUAGAAUUGGCUGAUGACCUCAUCACGUCCGUGAUUGACGUAGCGGCAACGGUGGGCCAAUCCGAGGAGUCCUCGGCCCUGCCGGAAAGCUAUUGCGGAGAAAUGAGCUGCCCUAAUGUGUUUGUGGCCGAGCCAGUACAAGUGCUGGCGGACAUCUUCCCCACGUUGAGUCUGAUAGAAGAAGAGACCGUACUGGAGACAGGACCAGGGGAGCUGCUGGGGAACGGACAAGGGAAGGAGGAGGAACAGGGAACUGGACCCUGGGUGGGGGAGGAACAGGGAACCGGACCCUGGGUGGGGGAACAGGGAACUGGACCCUGGGUCGGGGAACAGGGACCUGGACCCUGGGUGGGGGAACAGGGAACUGGACACUGGGUGGGGGAACAGGGACCUGGACCCUGGGUGGGGGAACAGGGAACUGGACACUGGGUGGGGGAACAGGGACCUGGACCCUGGGUCGGGGAACAGGGACCUGGACCCUGGGUGGGGGAACAGGGACCUGGACCCUGGGUCGGGGAACAGGGACCUGGACCCUGGGUGGGGGAACAGGGACCUGGACCCUGGGUGGAGGAGGAACAGGGAACUGGACCCUGGGUGGAGGAGGAACAGGGAACUGGACCUGGUUCUGGGGCGAGGGAGGGAUGGGAUCAUUUAGCAGUUGGUACCAGCAGCAUGUUCUUCAGCCUGGGGACUCCAGCCCUGGGGACGAACAGAGCGCUGAGUCUCCUUAGUCUUGGGUCUGGCUGA